AUGGGAGGGAGUGCAGGGGAUUUAGCUGGAUCUGAGUACCUCUCGGACCACGACAUGGCAGCUGGAACAACUCCAAAAAGCACAAGAACUGGAGCAAAUAGAAGAAAAUCGCAUCAAAUCUGGGGAUGAUUACCAAAACAUGACACAAUCAGAUUAAGAAGAAGAAUCACUUUGCUUCACUUUACCUCCAUAAGUCCCUGCAAAAUCCAGAGCCUUGAAAAAUAUCUCAGGAUCCAGUAGUGAUAAGAUCAGGGGAGGAACCAGCGUGAGCAGGUAUGGCAGAGGCUUGCUCUGCCCACUGGGAAGCUUCAGCACUGAUCAAAAACAGGGUCCGUCCACCCACACAGGCAGUGAGUCAAAACAGAGGAUUGUUUACUACAAAUCUAGGGCAUCAACGGAUGGUUGCAUCUUCCACUUACAGUCAGAAAGGAAGUCUGCGAGGCCCAGAAUAAACCCAAUGUAUGAGGUGGCAAUGGCCAGAAGUGAGAAAACUUCAAUAAUAGGCUGUCAUUAA